AUGUCUGAGCCCAUCAGGAAUAAGAAGGCUGAUUUCCCGGUCGCCCCGACCCCGCAAAACACCCCAGCCAACAAUGCUCCCAUCUCCUCGCACGCCCAACAGCCUGGUGUCUCCAGCAUUAAGGAAGAAACCCUAGACAAUGCGACAGCCGCUUCACUUUUCGCACGCAACCCCGCCCUGGUUUCGAUGAUCCAGGGCAAGCUGGGCCAGCUCGUUGGUCGCUCAUCGGGCUAUAUCGAGUCCCUGCCCCCGGUCGUCCGCCGCCGCGUCGCUGGCUUGAAGGGUGUCCAGAAGGAGCACUCUAAGCUGGAGGCCCAGUUCCAGGAGGAGGUCCUGGAACUCGAGAAGAAGUACUUCGCCAAGUUCACCCCGCUGUAUGAGCGCCGGGCCACAAUUAUUAACGGAGGUGUGGAGCCCACCGAGGCCGAGGUUGAGGCUGGCAAGGAAGACGAAGAGGAGGACGAGGAGAACAACGAUGCAGAGGAGAAGAAGGAGACUGAAGGCGAGGCUACGGCCGGUAUUCCCGAGUUUUGGCUCUCCGCCAUGAAAAACCAGAUCUCUCUGGCGGAAAUGAUCACUGAGCGGGAUGAGGAGGCCCUCAAGCAACUCACCGACAUUCGCAUGGAGUACCUCGACCAACCUGGAUUCCGUUUGAUCUUCGAGUUCGCAGAGAAUGAAUUCUUCACCAACAAGACCAUCUCGAAGACCUACUACUACAAGGACGAGAGUGGAUAUGGUGGCGACUUUAUUUACGACCACGCCGAGGGUUCCAAGAUUGACUGGAAGGCGGAGAAGGAUCUCACUCUGCGUCUCGAGAGCAAGAAGCAGCGUAACAAGAACACCAAGCAGACCCGUGUCGUCAAGAUCAGCGUGCCUACCGAUGACAUCGAAGAGCGCCUGGAGCUGGACUACCAACUGGGUGAGGAUAUCAAGGAGAAAUUGAUCCCCCGUGCGAUCGACUGGUUCACCGGUGAGGCCCUUCAGUUCGAGGAGCUGGGUGACGACAUGGACCCCGAUGAUUUCGAUGAUGAGGAUGAUGAGGACGACGAGGACGAGGACGAUGAGGAUGAUGAGGAUGAGCGGGCAUCGGACCGUGACGUGGAGGAUGACUCAGACGAAGAGGAUGGUACUUCUAAGCCCAAGAAGGAGGCCGCCGAGUGCAAGCAAAACUAG